CUUCCUGACUCGCAUUCCAACUCUUGAAAAAGUGGACCUUACUGCUCUUCGAGUCUUCGCCGGUCGACUGUUCCUUUUAUUUUCUUUGCAAGGAGGGAUCCCCUGAGAGAACCAACAUCUUCUUCUUGAAAUAUUGGCUGGUCCUUACUUUUGUUUAAUUUUCGACGCCGUAUCCGCGCGCUAUGAACUGAUCUCGCCCGUCGCAUAACACCACUCCCGAACUCCUUCAGAUCGUACCGACAAUUCUUCAAAAUGAUUAGAAUAUUUCGAAGGCUCCGGGAGAUUCAAGACUCCCUCUCCGACGACGUCCUCUUACCCCUUAAGAGCUACAAGUACUCGAGCGUCGAUAAGUCGUACAUCUCCAAUUACAUUCUAAGACACUAUUGGAAUGCAUUUGUCGAGCUGUUGCCCCUGUGGCUGGCCCCGAACAUGGUCACCCUCCUUGGGUUCCUGUUCAUCGUGGGCAAUGUCAUGCUCAUAGAGGUCUAUAUGCCUGACCUUGUUGGUCCGGGGCCGUCUUGGCUUUAUUACAGUUUCGCCCUGGGAAUGUGGAUGUACUCGACGCUGGAUAACGUCGAUGGAAAACAAGCGCGGAGGACUGGCACGUCUAGUGGACUAGGAGAGCUCUUUGACCAUGGGAUUGAUUCCCUCAACUGCACUCUCGCCAGUCUCCUCGAAACCGCGGCAAUGGGUCUAGGUUCAACUCAACUUGGAGCCUGGACUGCUCUUGUCCCCUGUCUUGCCAUGUAUUUCUCCACCUGGGAGACGUACCACACCCAUACUCUGUAUCUUGGGUACUUCAAUGGUCCUACCGAGGGCCUUUUGAUUGCUAUCGCCAUCAUGAUUGCCUCUGGCUGGUAUGGCCCGCAAAUCUGGACUCGGCCCAUCGUCGAAUUUCUGAACUUUCCAGCAAUCUUCGGCAACAACUCUAUGAAGGAUCUGUGGAUCCCGAUUCUGCUGGGAUCGUUCUUUCUAGGGCAUCUCCCAGGAUGCGUUUACAACGUCAUCUCUGCCCGCAGGAAGCAAAACCUGCCGGUCACUCCGAUUUUCAAGGAAUGGAUACCAAUGGCCAUCUUCACCGGCUGCAACAUGGCUUGGCUCUUUUCUCCAUACUCGUCUCUACUCUCCGGCAACCGACUCGUCCUGUACUGCUGGACGAUUUCAUUUGUCUUCGGGCGGAUGACCACGAAAAUUAUCUUGGCUCACUUGUUGAGGCAGCCAUUUCCCCACUGGACUGUGUUGCAGACUCCGCUCAUCGGCGGCGCGAUUCUCGCGAACCUCCCAUUCCUUGGUCUUCCUGCUGUUACUGCCUCCUUGGAGCUCUUCUACCUGCGAACCUACUUCCUGUUCGCAAUUGUCGCGUACAUGUACUGGGCAAUCCUCGUGAUCAACCGCAUCACUACCUUUCUCGGUAUCAACUGCCUGACAAUUCGUCGAGACCGACCAACCGAGAGGGAAACUCCCUUCCGCUCUGCGACAGCCGAAAGUUCUACCAGGGGCACUAUCAAGAACCAUUGAUAUAGUCCUAUACGACGUAUGAAUUGAACUGGCUGCGCAGACAGUGAAGCACCAUGCGAUAUUCCUGCAGCCAAUUUCUCCCUGACGCAUUCUGCUCAUCUUCUCAAACAAACAUACAUACGGACCAGCACCCGCAUACAUACACCCAUCCCAUACAUACGAGCAUUCCACAGGUGUAUACAUACUGUUCACAAAACCCCUUGGAUAAGCCCUCAACCCGUACAUACGCGCUAUGAACUUACGACUUCCAUUUGAUGUGGCAUACAUACAUAUGUGGGUACGCGAAGAAACAGGAAGAGACCUUGAUCCCAAUGUUAUGUUUUCUGGGGACGAAUCCUGUUUGUUAUUCGCGGCUCUUGUUUCGUUCGACUAGAACUUUAUAGAUUAGUACUCCGUACAUACUCGUUUAAUUAGUAAUAAUGUGAUAGAGUUUAUAUUAUUCC